UUAUCUUAAGUCCCUCCCCACUGACAUUGGAGCCGUCGACGAGGAAGACAGUAGGGUGAUUAGUGUUUUCGGUUGUUCUCCCUCUGAGCACAUUCAGCAAGCCAUGGACGAUUUCGAUAUGCUCAGUGCCCCUCAAGGAAGCGCAGGGAACGGUGUCGGGGCAGACGAGGACCCGGCGGCGGCAUUUCUGGCCCAGCAAGAGAGCGAGAUCGCUGGCAUCGAGAAUGACGAGGGCUUCAGCAUCCUGGACAGCGGAGAUGUGCCUUCGUCCCUGAGCCAAGACCAGGACGGUGGAGCAAUGAAUGGAGAUCUGCAUGGGGAGAGUAAUGGCCCUUCAGAUGUGUACGCGGCCAUCUCCAGUGUGGAUCGGUUGCAGGCUGAGCCGGAGAGCUUGAGGAAGUGGAGAGAGGAGCAGCGAGAUAGGCUGGAGGAGCUCGAUGCGAACUCGCGUAAACAGGAGGCCGAGUGGAAAGAGAAGGCAAAGCUGGAGCUGGAGGAAUGGCACACCAGGCAGAACGAGCAGCUGGAGAAAACCAAAGUCAACAACAGGGUGCUGGAUGAGGAUUUCUACAAACAACCCUUCGCUGAUCUGAUUGGUUAUGUGGCGGCUGAGGAAGCCAUGGUGUCGGAGCUGGAUGAAAACAGUCCUGGCACAGAAUGGGAACGUGUGGCGCGUCUUUGCGAUUUCAACCCUAAAUCCAGCAAGCAGGCAAAGGAUGUGUCCCGCAUGCGUUCAGUGCUCAUCUCUCUUAAACAGGCUCCGCUCGUCCGCUAAACAGCUUCAAAGUAAACGAAAAUCCAACAAUCCCAGCAACCAUUGGGUUUCACAACAUCGAUUUCCUUUGUGGCCCUAUCCCAAUGGCUUUGAGCUCCAUAUAUGAAUAAUCUAUAUUAUAUUAUAUGUAUGUGUAAUAUGAUAUAGUUAUGUCUAUAAAUAUUUCAUCUAUAAAUAUAUACAUGCAUACAUAAAUAUAUAUAACAAUGUUUUUAUUUUUGGUGUCUAUUUUAUGGACCAAACUCCAUGUUCCACCUAUUUUUCCCCUCGCCGUGUAGAGCCAGCGUGUGGCAUUGUGACACUAUCGAUCUAUGCAUUUCCCUCGUGAAUCUGUUGGGGAAUCCAGUACUGACGUCUUGUGUAUGUUGUAUACAGAUGGUGUGCGUGUGUGUGACUGUACAUAAAGACUGGUCUUCUACACUUCAUUGUGAGAUUAUGGCACAAGUUGUUGUUGUUGUUGUUAAACAGAGCUGUACCCCGGUAAACGUUAACUCAUGUUGUCCAUUCUGUUUCAGUUUGAUUAAACACAUUUGAAAUGGUAA